AUGUUUGCGUUUUUCGCUCUGAUCUUGCUCGUUCUUCACACUCCUGCAGCCCUACAACAGAAAUGUUCCGAUUCAGCGGCUAUAACCUACCCAUGUGGGUUUUGUUGCGAUUCCACUAAGGUAAUUCCCGUGACUCCAACAGCGCCAUGCCAAGACUUCGUCAAUCCAAUCGGAAUUUCGGACUGUCCCCCAAAUAAGCAUCUUUGUAAAGUUCCAAUGUUUGAACAGCUUAUGGCAGAGAAGUGUCCACUGACUUGCAAUAAAUGCCAACCAACCUGCCGUGAUUUUGUCGAUCCGAGGAUUGUGAUAUCAAAUUGCGCUCACAUUCGUGUACUAUGCAACAACUCGCUUUAUCAGCAAGUGAUGAAGGAACAAUGCCCUGAAACAUGUGGAUACUGCAAUUAAAUUUGUAGUGGAAUAAAAAUGAUUGCGU